AGAAACACAAAAGGAAAAGACAGUCUAGACAGAGAAAGGGAGAAGAGGAAAGGAAAAAAGCUUCUUUGUGCUCCCUCUCUCUCUCUCUCUCUCUCUCUCUCUCUCUAGCCUCUUCCAUGAUCCGCAAUUAUUUCAGGGACCAAUCUCUCCUUCUCUCUCCAUUAACAUAUAAAAGCAGAAACAGCUAACGAAACCUGCUCCAAAAAAAGAAUCUGAUCAUAUAUUCAUUUAAGAAAAAAAACAUUUUCCUGUUGUUUUGUUUGACGUUUCGCAAAAGAAAAAGAGCGAACAUGGUGUCGGCGAACCGUGAGAUGGUGGUCUUCUGCUUCGACACCCUUGUCGCUCACUACAACAGCGAAGAUGCUCCUCUCCCGGCCUUCGAUGAGGGUCACCACCCAUUGUUUGUUACUUGGAAGAAAGCGGUGAAUGGUGGGGAGCCUCGUUUACGUGGAUGUAUUGGAACUCUGGAAGCUCGUUGGUUAAUUAAUGGCUUCAGGGACUAUGCUCUAAACAGUGCUUUGAGGGACCGCAGGUUUCCCCCCAUACAGGCUAAAGAGUUACCUUAUUUGGAGUGUACAGUUUCCAUUCUGACUGAUUAUGAGACUGCUAACCACUAUCUUGAUUGGGAGGUUGGAAAGCAUGGUAUAAUUAUUGAGUUUACUGAUCCGGACAAUAAUACAAGGCGAAGUGCGACAUAUUUGCCUGAGGUGGCUGCCCAUGAAGGUUGGACAAAAACAGAGGCAAUAGACUCGCUGCUGCGAAAAGCUGGCUACAAUGGCACUAUUUCUGAGUCACUCCGGAAGCGCAUACGACUGACCCGUUACCAGAGCACACUGUUUACAAUGCACCACAGUGAAUAUGUUGCCUAUGUCAAGGAAACCAGGGGAGGAGCUCCGUCUAUUGUUGGGGCUAAGCCCGGGAACCAUUGAUUCUUCAAAAUAUCUUUUGCUAAGACCAUAAAGGCUACUUUGGUCUAGACAAGAGAAUAAUUGAAUUGAAUUGGGUGGGACUGGAUUUGUUUGUCUUCAAGCCCAGACACCCAGGUAAUUGUUCUUACCUGUCCAUAUCAUUCUUCAAAUUCAUUUGAUUUUGGAGAAAGAAACCAAAAAGAACAGGUUUCCUUGAUUUCCAUACCCUAAAUUCACGUUUAGCAGCUUCUCUGGGAAAGCUAUGCUGGUGAAAAAUGGUCCUGGAGUGCUUUAUCUAAUUAUGUUUAUCUUCGGCUCCAGUAUCCAAUAAUAACUGUUGGAAUUGUUCUAUUUUAGUUGGGCAAUCUCUUAGCCGGUGGCUGGGGUUAAAACUCUUUAUUCAACUUGAGCACUUUUAGUGACAAUCUUUAGACCAGAAAUACAACUCCCAACUUUUACAA